UUAAAAAACUAUAAAACAAAUACAUUAGUUAAAAAUGAUUUAACUGCUACAGGCUAGAUACUAGUGAUUUACUAAAAUGAUUCGACUAUUUGUGAAAAAUGGUGUUGCAUAUGUUUGGAAUGCUGAGGAUUGGUACUUGCUUCGAUCUGAACACCGGAUUUGUGGUUCUCUAAUAGGCUCCAUUGCUAGUUAUCCUCGACAAAAUGAAUUUUUAGGCUUGCCUAUGGCUCUUAUGUCAGAAGAAGCAGCAUUACUUGUUGAAAAGGGCAUAUGUGAACUAUGUGAAAUACCUAACUUAACUAAAGCCCCAUCAAAGGAAGAAAAAGCAUACAUCAAGGAGUGUGAACAAAGAAUAGUAGAUGAACAAAGAGAGGGUUUGAGAAAAAGACGAAUAGAACAGAUGUCACAAAAACUAGAUAUUAUAGCAGCAGGAAAGAAACAAAAACUGCAAUCAAAAGGCAUAACAGAUGUGCAGUUGGAUAAGGAGGCAUUAUUGCAAGAAGAAAUUAAUAAACUACCGAAACUAUCUCCAGCGUACCUCCUUGUACAUUUACCCACUGAACAUUUUAAAACAUCAGAUAGAAAACUUGUAUCAAUAGAUGUUUUAAGGCCUAGUGUUGAAGAUAGAGAUGGAAAUUUUCGCUAUUGUGUGUACAAGGAUUUGUGGGAUAAGGGCCAUCAUGUCACCAAUGGAUUGAAAUUUGGUUCAGAUUUUCUAGUAUAUCCAGGUGAUCCUGUCAGAUUUCAUGCUACAUACAUGGUGCGCUGUAUUUAUGAUAAAGCAACUCCGUUUCGUCCCGCCAAUUUAGUAGCCUUUGGAAGAUUAUCAGUUGCAGUUAAUAAACUAGCAGUGUUAGCAUUUUAUAAUAGCAGUGAAAAAAUCGAUUAUCAAACUUUACAGUGGCAUGAUGGUGUUAAUAUUUGAAAAUAAAUAAUUCAUUGAACAAAG